UUAGCUGCAAGGCAAUACGAUUAUCUACAUGACAAUUGAAACAGACGAUGAAAUAGUUGUUUUUAGUGCACACCGACAGAAGAUUAAUCAUGUUUCGUUUUAUGAAAAGCAUUCCUCGAUACAUGCAAGGAAUGCAGACGCAAAAUUUCCAACGAAAUUUGUCUACAAUGCAUCAAUAUGUGGAACAUAAUUUUAAGUGGAAGUUAAUUUGCUUAGGUGCAUUUUCGUCAGGACUUUACAUAUUCUUUGGAAUCAAUCAUUGCCAUACGGCUGAGAAGAAAAAGAAAGUUGUAUUACUUGGCUCUGGCUGGGCAGCUGUAAAUUUCAUACGAAAUUUAAAGCCCGAAUUGUACGAACUCAGUGUUGUUUCGCCGGCAAAUUAUUUUCUGUUCACGCCUCUAUUGCCAUCAGUGACGGUUGGUACAGUCGAAAUACGCAGUGUAGUAGAGCCUAUUCGAAAUCUCAUUCACAAAAAACACAAGAACACUGUGUACUUUUACGAAGGGGAAUGUGUGGAUGUAGAUAUUGACAACCAAAAGGUCAUAUGUAAAGACAACUCCGCAAUCAUGGGAAGUAAAUCCGAGUACACUUUGGAUUAUGAUAUCCUAAUUGUGGGAAUAGGUGCUGACAAUGCCACAUUUAACAUACCUGGUGUUAGAGAACAUUGUCAUUUCCUUAAGUCUGUGGAAGAUGCAUGCAAACUGAGAAACACUGUGAUGGACUGUUUUGAAACAGCUGCAAUACCCAAUCAGCCACAGGAAGAGAUUGAGCGAUUGUUACAUUUUGUAGUUGUUGGAGCUGGUCCAACAGGAGUUGAGUUUGCUGCAGAACUAAGAGAUUUGGUCCGUGAAGACCUUAAGCAUCUAUACCCAAAUUUGAUCGAUUACUGCAAAGUUACUUUGGUUGAAGCAUUGCCACAAAUCCUCAAUGCCUACGACGAAAGUAUCAAGGAAUACACGACUAAUCACUUUAAAAAAGAUGGGAUCAACAUUUGGACAAAGCAUAUGGUUACCAAGGUCGAGAAAAACUGUGUGACCGUUAAGAAAAUGGAAACAAAGGAGAUUAUUGAAGUUCCUUUUGGAACUUGUGUUUGGUCAACAGGUAUCGCACCUCAAGAGCUUACGAAAAAAAUUAUGAAGAAAAUACCAGGACAAACGAACAGACAUGCGUUAUUGACAGACAAUUUUCUGCAAGUGAAGAACUCAAACGGGCAUAUAUUUGCCAUGGGCGAUUGCUCAACAAUUGAACUAAAGAAACUUUUGUCGAAUAUCAAGGAAAUUUUUUUCGAAGCCGACAAAGACAACGAUGGAAAGCUCAGUUUGAAGGAAUUUAAAGAUGCCAUGGAAAAAGCAAAGUACGCGUACCCACAAAUUUGUAAACAUUUUUCUGCUGAUGAUUGGGACAAUACGUUACUUAGAGCUUUCAAAGAAGCGGACGAAAACGCGGACGGCUCUCUUGGAAUUGAGGAAUUCCAAAAUAUCUUAAAAAUUGUUGAUAAUAAACUUACAAGCUUGCCAUGCACCGCGCAGGUCGCGAGUCAAAAAGGCAAAUACCUUGGAAUUCUCUUCUCAGAUCACGUGGACGAUAUUGGUGAGACUUCUGACCUCAGCAAAGUGGGUGCUGACGAAUUCGAAUACAAUCAUAUGGGAAUGUUUGCAUACAUUGGUGACGACAGAGCCGUGUUGCAGUUUCCGGUUAUUGGGUCAUUUAAAGGUCUGGGUGCAAUGUAUUUAUGGAAAGCGGCGUAUUUCAACGAGUCGGUUACCGUUCGCACGAAAUGUCUCAUUCUUUUUGAUUGGAUCAAAAGUCGAUUGUUCGGAAGGGACACCUCGCGAAUUUAAAUUACAUUUACUCUAUUGUGAAAUGUAAAUUGUUUCUCAAGUAAAAUCGUGGCCGAAAGUCAAGGCCAUAAAGCAACAUUUUAUUAUCAAUUGUAGCAUAGACUUUGUAACACAAUUAAAAGGGGUGUUAUUGUUAUACAUAUUACUAUAUUUCACUUUAAUAACAUUAGUAAGUAAUGUAUUAUGUAUUUAUGUGUCACGUUAGCGUAUAUAGGUAUUGUAUAUUUAUACUGAAUAAACAGCUGUAAAUUAGUCAUA